AAAAAAAAAAAAAAAACUCGCGGCUGGGGAUUCUCUGAAAUGCUUCACCUUAUCGAACUUCAUGCCAAAGAUGGUUGGUUUCUUGCAAGUGAAGUCAAGAUUGUUGCUGAGGUUGAUGUUCUUGAAGUUAUUGGAGAGUUCGAUGUAUCAGAGGAAAAGAUGAAGCUGAAUGCGUCUAGUGAUUUAGUCAACAAGACUGAACAACUGAAUGAAACUGUUGAUGUCAAUGGGUUUCAAAUUUUUCCAUCACAGGUAAGAAGUUUAAGAUGUAUAUUUGAAAAACACCCAGACUUUGCAUCAAAGUUCCGUGUUAAGAAUCGGCAUCUGAAGUCAACAUACAUGAAUUUCCCUCCUCAAGAGCUCACUGAUGAUGAUCUGGAUGAAGCAUCUGUUGCAGUGUCGUACGUGGCAAAGGGAGGGCUUAAAGUGGAUUGGUUGGAGGAGAAACUCGAGGAAGUAAAGGAAAGGAAGAAGAAAGUGAACAAUGGUAAGGCUCGGCUGCAAAAAAUGGAGGAAGAGUUGCAGAAACUCACUCAGAAAUGCUUAGACCUGAUAGCUCUUGUGGAUAAGGAGAAAGAAGAUGUUGCGGCUGCCAAUGUUUCUCUCUCGUUCGAUGAUGUUGUUUGAUGCUAUCGUGUUCUCAGAAACUUGUAGUUUGAUUCUACUUGGUGUUGUUGUGUUCUUGUCGUCCCAAUUUCAU